UAUAAUAACUCCUAAUAACUUUGAUGUAAAGACUGAACCAUAAUAAAAUACAUAGAGUGGAGACACAAAUACUCGAAUAUUUAUUUCAAAUUACGUCUUUUUAUUAUGUUUUCAACAAUCCUUUUCCCUCCUGCCAUUUUUAUCAACUCUCUUUAUUUCUUUUGACCCCAGGAGAAACACAAAUGCUUCGUCACAUGCAUUCGUUAUGGGCCCUUAAUAACUCCUUUUUGGGUCAUCGGCCCUAAUCAUUAAUAUGACUCUGCGUAAUACUUUCCGUCAUUCUUGAGUUGAAAAGUUGAUCUUCUUUUAUUUUAGUUUAGUUACAAACUUCAAAGAACAAGGGAAAUAUAUUAGCACUACAUCAAAAAUGUUUGUUUUCUGAAGUUUACAGAUUAAGGACUAAUGACUAUGCAAAAAGAAAAAAAGAGAAUGAUCAUUAAGCUGUUGAUUUGACCAAACAAGAUUGGUAUUAGUUGGUAGCAAAGAAAAUUAUGAGGCAUGGGGUAGAAUUGUGUUGCACGUUGUUGAAAAGGAAAUGUUCAGCCGCGCGUGUUCACAUCCUCUCCUCGCUUUGAUUUUUGAAUUAAGGUUUUGCGUGAUCAUCUUUUCUAAUUCUUGAUUCUGCAAUCUUUGACUAAAUUAUACAGGACUAAUUAUUUAUAUUAUUAAUUAGAUUUUGAGUUAUCAGAUUUUAAAUGUAAUCUCGAUGUAUCUAAUGAUAUCGAUUGACAAGAAUGAUCCGCUAGAUUUUUUUUUCUUUUUAGUUAUCAUUAGAUUUGUCCAUGUAAUAAAUUAUAAGAUAUAUUGAUGUUGUACUCUAGCAACAUAAUUCGGAUAGUAGUAUUUUCUUCAAAUGGCUUUUGGUUGUACGUAGAAGUUGUAAGGUAGAACUCUCGGCUAAUUUAAACGCAGCGGUUGUAGUCAUACCUGCAAAAGUUUGUAGGUAAAUGGUUACAUUUUAAACAUUAUUAAAUAAUUUGUACGGUUGGUUCAACAUUUAGAAACUGAUACAUGCGUGGAAUAUAUAUGAAUGAUUAACUAUUAGAUGCAUUAACAAUUUAAUAAUAAAUUAAUAUCUUUAAUACAUUAUAUAAUUAAAAAUAUUAAAUAUACUAUUAUAUUAAACUCUAAAAUGUAUAAUUUAAUAAAAAUUGUUUCUUAUAUGUAGAUUAAUAUCAGAUUUUUAAAAUUAUCUUGUUUGGUUUAUAUAUAUGUAUAGAUAUUAAUGUCUAAAAGGCAUAGUGUAUAUUCUGUUUAUAAUUUUUAUAAUAUAAAUUACGAUAUUGGUUUGUGAAUAUAUGUAUUCGUAGGUAUAAUAUCUAAAAAACAUUUUUAAGUAAUAUUUUUAUUUUUAUAUUAGAAGAAAUAUUUUUAUUUUAUUUAUCCACAUGUAACUAUGUGCAACUGCAAACGCUAAGUGAAACCAACUUUUAAUUUUAAGAGAUAUUUGCUAUAAAAUGCCAACAACUGCUACCAUCUGCAAACGCAAAAUUUACAAGUAGUAGUGAAAAAACUAAUCAAAUUGUUAAUGAAUUAUUAAAUAUAGUUUGAAAAUGAAAGGAGAGUAAAAAGAUUGUGUUUGAUUCUGCAAAGCAGAGGAUCGUACAAAAUUUAAGAAAUUUACGGAAUCAUUUGCAAUAUAUAUAUAUAUAUAUAUAUAUAUAUAUAUAUAUAUAUAUAUAUAUAUAUAUAUGCAUGUAUACUUAACAAUACAAGCUUUAGAAUAGGGAAAUUAAGAAAGAGCAAAUUAGCUUAAUAUACUGAAAAGAGUGGGAUACCAUUGAUUUGGGGGAAAAUAGUAAUGAUGGGGGGAAGAAAAUUGAAGGGAAAUAGGGUAUGAAGUGCAAAUAGGGAAAAAGUUGUGUGUAGGGAGUACAAAUUCUCAUUAAGAAAAUAUAUAUAAUGCAUUUGGUGGACGAAUUUAUAGAACAAUUUUGUUGUUACUCUAUUCCGUAUAUUGUUGUUGUCAACAUGCAUAUGUGUUUAGUAUAGGUACCUGACAUUGUGACUAUACUACACUGACCUGUGUGUUAUAUGUUUUGCUUUAUAUGCUUAGCCUUCAAGAUGUUUUCGAUCGUCGACAAUUUGUGUUACUAUAUCGCUUAUCAGUGCUUGUGCCACCGGUUGUUACGGGAUGACUUUGUAUCCAAACAUGUUUUUCAGAGAAGAAAGUGACAAGAAAAAUAAAUGAAACUGUGAAGAUUUAUAUCGGCAGAUAAAUUUUGAGAUUAUUAUGAAGUAUAGAAGUUCCAUUUGCUUUUCAUAUUCAUUUCCCAGGAUACGCAAUCUUUAUCCAUCACUGCUUUUCCUUUUUUUAAUUGACGGCAAAUCUUCUUUCUAAUCAUAAAAGUUUUUUUUUUUUUGACAAAUCAAUAUACAGACCCUUUAUUUUCAAGUAAUAUAUGUAAAUCCAGUGGUUAUUUAAAUGCCACUUUGACAUUUUUCACAGUGAUUAAAAAAUUAUGUAAUAAACUAAUAUAUUUUUAUAUAAUGUAUGAUUAAUUAAAUAAAAAUAAUUUAAACAAAAGUUUAUUGGUUAUUCAAAAGGGUAAAAAAUAAAUUAAAUGUACAUUUUAUGUUAACAACUUAAACAGACUAAUUAGACUCUGCAAACCAAAUUGGUAACUCCACAUCCAUAUGUACAACAAACCAUAAUUCUUUUUUGUACUGCGUACGAGACUGUCCGCCCUUGAAUUCUGCGUCUGUGGUAUAUGAAUGAAUUCUGAGGUGUUGAAACUUAUUUUUAAUAUCUUUAUGUCUUCCAAAUAAAUGCUGACUAUUUUUCUAGUUCCGAAACCAUAUUCACCAACUGAGAACAAUCCAUUGCAAAUGUAACAAUAAACUGUUUUAGAUUCCUCAUGCAUUCCAUUUUCUAAAUGAGAGCAUCUAUCUCCUAGUGAAGUGGCGACUAACUCACUCUUGUAUUUUCCCUUCCAUUAAACCAUCAAAAAACCUUCUUGUGUGCUAUACCACCCUUGUCCCGAAUAGAUUUCUUGAGUUUUUAUAUUAGGUGGACAGCGUACUUUCUAGCAUAAAGCCUUUAAUGGAGAGACCAAAUUACUAUAUUCUGAUACCGUUCUUUCUCUAUUUAGAUACACUCGUUCUGCUUGAUAUCAAGAUUUAACCAUGUAUCUCACAUUAUUAGUAAAAUAUUAUUUAUCACGAUCUGCUGUCUGAAUUCGACUUAAUGUAAUUGUAGGAUGACACUUAUUUUGAAAUAAAAAAAUAAACCUGAAGAUGUAAUUAAUAUGAUUUAAUAUAUAAUAAUUUUUUUGUGUGAAGUGUUUUAGGAUUUCCAAUCAAAACAAAUUAGCGAUAAUUACAGUAAUUCAGGUCUUACAUAUAUAAAUGUUAGUUUUAAAAUUUUCAAUAUGAAAUAUAUACUACAUUUUUCUUCAAGAUAAUGACCAGCUCAUUUAAAUGACCUAGCUCAUUUAGCCAGUAAUCUCAAUAGAAACCAUCGUUUUUUUCUAUGAUAAUGCUCUUUCUAAAAACAUCGAUGCAAUUGAAUAUUAUUUGAAUCAUCAAUUAAGGAGAUGAUCUAAUCAUUUUUCAAGCGGAUUAAUAAGGUAAAGUAUAGGUUGUCUCUCAUAUCAUAUUAAAUUCUCAUACUUCUAACUCAAAAUCAAUUGACUAUAGGUUAGUCCAAGUCUCUUUAUAUUAUUUAUGUCUCAUGGAAACUUCUAAUGUGUGAGUUUAUAUUCUUACAAACACUCUUUAGAGACUAAAGCUCGUGACCCAUUAAUUUCUACUAAUCAUAAUACUUCCUCUCCAUAUAAUUUCUCUUGUUACAAUCAAUCUCACAGACCAUCAUUAUCGGAUCCGGGAGCACAAGUCACUUCUAGGCCAAAUUACAAAAGUGUGUGGAUCGAUUAAUUGAACUUUUUAUUAAUAAGAUUUUUAGGUUAUGGUACCAUGUUAAGUUUCAUGGACUUCUAACUCAAAAUCAGUUGACAAUAAAUGAACCGGUCUAAAUUCCUUAUACAUUAUCUAUGACCAUGUUGUUCAAAAAAAUACUUUACCCAUGACCAUCAAAAUUCCCGAUAUAAAAGCUUUAUAUUCUCAUAUAACCCCACAAGAUAAUGGUAAAUAUGACCAUUAAUUUUGACAAUAUCUCAGUAUAAAAAUCGGUUGAGGUCAGAUCAAACGGAAGAAUUCAGCCAGACCGGUUCAAGAGCAAUCGGGCUUUUUCAGAAGGUGUGAUCUGUUUCGGUUGGCUAGAAAAUAUAUGAUCAUGUUAGAUAGGAUGUUAAUUUUUAGGACUUUUUAGUUUAAAACCAAUUAUCGAAUCUCUUAUAUAUUAUUUAUGUUUCACUGAAACUCCAUUUGUAGAGACUUAUAUUCUUACACAUUAUUUAUAAAGUAAAUAGUAAAUACUUUUAUUUGCAUUAUGUUAUAUAGUAGAAGUUUAUCUUUUUUUUUGAUCAAAGUAGAAGUUUAUCUCUAUUAGUUUAAAUAAAUAAUAAGUUCUUCCAUGCAUGUUUACAACCCGGUCUAAUUUCCUGAUAUAAAAAAACACUAAUAAACAUUUAGUUAACUACUGAGCUACGAGAACUUCCACAACUGAGCUUAUAUUUUAUUGAAGGUACAUAUAAUUAUAUAAAUAUCGUUUAGUGGUUGGUAGGUAGAUAUAAAAUAGUGGACAGCAAGUUUUGUCCCCGAAAGUUUAGUGGAUUUCUCGUGCGAAAGUUUCGAUAUAUUGUUUCUAGUGGUAAUUUAGUAAAAAUCUAAUAAUCUCUUAGCCAUAGUAUCUUUGUCUAGGUUGCACGGAAGCUUUAUCAGACGUCCGCUUCCCGCUUUGUAAUCAGAAUCGAAACUUUGUGAAACUCUACGGAAUCUCACUUCCAAAUGUUUCUAAAAUAUUUUAUUUUAAAACAUGGUAAAAGCUUACAAUUCUUUUUGUUGGAAUCACGCUUCCGUCGAAAAAAAAGAAUGUCAUAAAUAAUAAGAUAUAAAAAUCUGAUUUUUGUUUUUAUAUAAAAUCUAAAUUUAAUAGUAAUAUAAUAGAGAGAAAAUAAAUAUACAAAUAUUAAAACUAAUACUAUAAAUUAUUUUUAUGCACUGAAGUUUUUUACUAGAGAUAUAAAAUAUAUUAUUCAAAUAUAUUAUGUCAAUUAGUUAUGAAAUAUUAAAACUAAUUAAUAUAACAAUUUCUUAUAAACUUAAUUUAUGUGUAUUUUUACAGUUUUAAUAUAAAAUCAUUCUAAAUUAUUAUAAAUGAAUAAAUGUUUUAUUUUAAUUAGAGUCAUAUAAUUUUAGUAACAAAUUUUAUAAUUUUAUAAUUUUUUAUAUUUUAAUAUGUAUAUAUAUACGCUUCCAACACGUAUCCGCUUUCUAUUUUUUUUUAAAAAUUAUCGUUUUUGCGCUUCUAUAUGGUUUCGCUUUCGCGUACACGCUUUUGUUUCCAUGUAACAUAGAUCUUUAUCAAUGUAUAACUGAAUUUUUUUUUUUUUUUUUGUCACGACAAUGUAUAACUGAAUUAAUGUCAAAAAUUUUGAGAUUAAUUAUUUAUUUGAUUUCUACAAACAAAUAAAAUAAAUAACUCUAAUAUAUAGUAUGUAAAAUUAUAAUAAUACAGUCUGUAUAUUGAGUCCAUGAUCUGCCUAUAACGCUCUGACCGACCACGAUUAAUGAGCCACCCACAUCCGUUCACUCGGUCCGUGGACUCCAUCCUCUGUGACGGGUGGUGUGUUAAUUUCUCUGAGGCUCUAUAGUCAUGUUUACUGAACCUACAAUCACCACGUGACCUUUCUCCGUGCUUUGACUUCACUUGCACGAUAUCGCGAAUCACUUCUUGAUAGAUCACUCAUCCUUCCACUACUGAAGCUCAAACAUACUUGACUCUGGAUUCUAAACGGAUGUAUGCCUGGAAAAAAUAAGUGCAUUUUGGUGAGAUAAAUAAUCAAAUCAAUUAUUUUAAGCUUUUUUACGUAUAUUAGAAAUCAGAAAAUCAGAAUGUUACACUGCCAUUUAUGAAAAUAUUGCUAGCAUCUAAUAAUUCUUGUUCCCCUUGCAUGUUUUUACAUUAAUAGCGAAGUCUACCAAAGAGAUCGAAUAGAUAUAUUUUUUAAAGAAAAUCUCAAUUAAUAAGGAAAAGAAAAAUGCCAGGAAAAAAUAAUGUGAAACUACCCAGCACUAUAAAUACAUGUGGUCUUCAGCAAUAUUGUUCACUAUAUCUCGCCGGCAAAAAAGUUCACUAUAUCUCACCAAACUCUCUCUCAAUAUCUUCAACUUUUUAAUAAAAGAAAAUAAAGAGGGAAAUGAUGUUUGUUUCAGUAAAGUAUGCCCUCGUGAUAGUGAUGACCUUGAUAUUAAGAGUCCUAUACAACUUCAUUUGGUGUUACUACCUCACACCAAGACGCAUUAAGAAGUUAAUGGAACGUCAAGGCAUCACCGGCCCAAACCCACGCUUCCUUACUGGAAACAUCAUCGACAUCUCCAAAAUGGUUUCUUACUCUGUCUCCGAUCAUUGCUCUUCCAUCCACCACAAUAUCGUUCCUCGCCUUCUCCCUCACUACGUCGCCUGGUCUAAACAAUAUGGGAAGAGAUUUAUAGUAUGGAACGGGACGGAGCCGAGGCUGUGCUUGACGGAGACGGAGAUGAUUAAAGAGUUGCUGACGAAGCACAAUUCCGUCACCGGUAAAUCAUGGCUCCAGCAGCAAGGCACUAAAGGGUUUAUUGGACGUGGUCUUCUCAUGGCCAACGGCGAGGCUUGGCACCACCAGCGCCAUUUGGCAGCUCCUGCGUUCACACGUGAUAGGCUCAAAGGAUACGCGAAGCAUAUGGUGGAGUGCACAAGGGUGAUGGCGGGGAAGCUAAGGAAGGAAGUUAAGGAAAGUGGAGGAGAUGAUAAAGAGGUGGAGAUUGGAGAGGAGAUGCGGCGGCUCACGGCGGAUAUAAUAUCUAGGACGGAGUUCGGAAGCAGUUACGACAAAGGAAAGGAGCUUUUCAGUCUACUCACUGUCCUUCAGCGACUCUGCGCUCAGUCCACUCGCCACCUCUGUUUUCCUGGAAGCCGGUUUCUACCGAGCAAAUACAAUCGAGAGAUAAAGAGUUUGAAAACUGACGUAGAACGUCUUUUGAUGGAGAUUAUAGAGAGCCGGAAAGACAACGUAGAGAUCGGUCGGAGCAUCUCGUACGGGGACGACCUCUUAGGGCUUCUCCUGAACCAGAUGGAUCGCAGCAAAAACAACCUUAAUGUUCAAAUAAUAAUGGAUGAGUGCAAAACUUUCUUCUUCACUGGUCAUGAGACAACCUCUCUUCUUCUCACGUGGACCCUCAUGCUCCUUGCUCAUAAUCCCACGUGGCAGGAAAAAGUACGCCGUGAGGUCCGACAAGUUUCUGGCCAAGACGGUAUCCCUUCCGUUGAGCAACUCUCAAGUCUUACCUCGUUAAACAAAGUGAUAAACGAGUCACUAAGACUUUACCCUCCUGCCACUCUUCUACCAAGAAUGGCAUUUGAAGACAUAAAACUCGGCGACCUGAUCAUCCCUAAAGGCUUAUCUAUAUGGAUCCCUGUCCUGGCGAUUCAUCAUAGUAAGGAAUUAUGGGGUGAAGAUGCGACUGAAUUCAAUCCUGAACGCUUUAGUUCUAGAAAUUUCGCGUCAAGUCGUCAUUUCAUGCCUUUUGCAGCCGGUCCUAGGAACUGCAUUGGCCAGAAUUUUGCGAUGAUGGAGGCAAAGCUAAUAUUAGCAAUGCUUGUUUCCAAAUUCAGUUUCACAAUAUCGGAGAAUUAUAGACAUGCUCCUAUAGUUGUGCUUACUAUAAAACCUAAGUAUGGAGUUCAACUAAUUUUGAAGCCACUGGAUUCGUAAAGGGGGGGAGACCUAUCUUAUUAAGCUUCCUGAGAGACUACUGAAUUUUGAGUAACAUGAGGGAGUUGUAAUUGAAUGAUUUUGAAAUGAGUAUAAUGAAGAGUUAUUGGGUUCAGUUUAGGAGACACAUUAUCUAAUCUUUCUUUUUUUAAUAAUCGAGGUAGAUACAAGACCUGAAAAACAAAUUAAUAUAUCUCCAAGAUCUUUUAAAAACUAGGUUUUAUUGUGUUCCUAUAAACUGCGGGAUUAUUUGAUAGGAUAUAUUAAAUAACAACACAUCAGUUAUUAUAUAGUAUAAAAUACAAAAUAUUGCUAUUGGUCAUCUAUUCUUUUAAAAAUAUUAAAUGGUAAAAUACAAUAUAUUGCUCCAAAAACAAAACGUCUUUUUAAAGAUAAAGAAAUUGAUACUUAAUUUUUUUGUCACCAGCACAAAUACAUAAAGAAAUUGAUACUUAAUUUUUUUUGUCAUCAGCACAAAUAUACUCGAUUAAGACUCUGCUAACUAAGACCAUCUCCAUCCAUUAGGACCUCUAAUGAGUUCUAAUGAUUAAAUUAAGAAUAAAUAAAGUGAUUUGGCAAGUUUAGAACUUUGGUUAGUGGAAAUAAUUUUUUCCUUCUCCAAUGGGAGAACCUCAUAGGGGUUCUCUCUGCAACACGUCUCAUUUCCAUUUUUUUUUGUCAUCCUUGUGAUUUAAUCAUCGCAUGCAUGCAUUUCACAAACUAAUUUAUUUCCGAGCAUUCAUUUUUGUACUUUUCUUCAUGAUGGUGAUCAUAUUGGUGUGUUAAAAAGACGAGGUUAUGUUUUCUUUUAUCAUCAAUGGGAAAGUGUUGAAGACAAGGAAUUGGACAAACAUCAGCUUCUGUACAGACUUACAGAAACAAGCACCACAAAAACUAGCAGUGUCAUACGUCCACCAUCCUCCUCCUCCUCCCCUUCACCACCAGCUCUAUCUUCAUACUCACUUUUGUUCUCAACAUACCAAUGAAGGUUCACUCCUUUACCAGCAACACCGUACCCCAACCUAUACUUCUCCUCAUCCGGAUCCCCUGCCCUCGCUGCAGCAUCUUUCGCAGAGGCUCUCGCGGUCGCAGCAGCUUCUUUCCUCACCUUCUUCCUCCUCCCCAGGCUUACCAUCAUCCUUCUUCGGUGUUAGCUCGAUGGGGUCGAAGAUCUUGAUCCUCCUCCUCCUCCUCCCAUUCACGAAAUCGAAAGGAUGAUUUUACCAAUCCGAGAAAGAGAUUGAAAUGAGAUUCGAGAGAGAAGCGGAAUCUUCGAGAAUGGAGGAGAAAGAAAACUAAUUUCACACAAACGAAGGAGAGAGAGAGACAUUAAUGUGUGUUCUAAUUACAAGAUGACACGUUAGGGUGUCUUACUGAUUCUAAAAAGUCCACGUUUGGCACCGGUUC